UUCAAAUUGAAAAUGGGUUCAGUGACAGUAACUUUGUCUUCGAUCUUCGCUAGCAGUUGCCGGAGUCUGGGCGCAUCCAUGUCUCUCCUGCCCACUUUAGCAUCAACCCACGUUUAUUCUCCGAAAAAGAAUCACCACAACCACGAGAAUGCGGUGGUGGUUGUGUCUUUAUGUUCAAGCAAGACAAUCUUGGCUCAUGCUCAUGCUUUCACGCACACUGCCACUUCUGCACCUUCUUCUUUUAAAGGCUACCCUGAAUAUCAUCGCUUGCUUCCAUGUCCCUCAGAAAAUAGACCACCAAGAAUUGAACACUUAGUUGUUUCCGAAGGAGGGCCUGUUUUGGAGUACCUCUGUAAAGUACUCGAUCUUCCUCCACUGUUUGUUGCAGAUCUCAUCCAUUUUGGAGCUGUUUAUUAUGCCCUUGUAUGUCCACAGCCUCCACCAACUGCGACUAAAGAACAAAUUAGGGUAUUUAAAGAAGUAACGGAUCCAUCAGUUCUCAGUAAAAGAGGUUCUAUUAAAGGAAAAACAAUACGAGAGGCACAGAAAACUUUCCGUAUAACUCAUGUUGACCAGUUUGUUGAAGCUGGAACAUACUUACGUGUGCAUGUACACCCAAAACGCUUCCCAAGGUGCUAUGUAAUUGACUGGAAAUCAAGAAUUUUGGCGGUAGCUGAAUCCUAUAUAAUAUUGGACAAACCUGCUGGGACAUCGGUAGGAGGAACUACCGACAAUAUAGAAGAAAGUUGUGCAACGUUUGCAACUCGUGCCCUGGAAUUAACUACUCCAUUGAGGACCACCCAUCAAAUUGAUAAUUGCACCGAGGGCUGUGUUGUGUUAGCUAGGACGAAGGAGUACUGUGGAGUUUUCCAUGGAAAAAUCAGAGAGAAAAAAGUGAAGAAGCUUUAUCUUGCUCUUGCUGCUGCACCUAUGCCAGUUGGAUUGAUAACACAUUAUAUGCGUCCUGUUAAUAUGGCUCCAAGACUUGUUUCAGAAGAUUUUAUUAGAGGAUGGUAUUUAUGUCAACUUGAGGUUAUGGAAUGUAAGAAGGUUCCCUGGCCAGAUGCUAGUAUUGAAGAGAAAUAUUGUAUUGAAGGCUGUGAAUGGCCCUCAAAACAUCAUGCAUAUGAGUGUAAAAUCAACCUGUUGACUGGUCGGACUCAUCAGGUGAGAGCGCAAUUGGCUGCCUGUGGUGCACCAAUAGUGGGUGACUCAAUGUACAUGCCAGCUUGCAUUGGCAGAGAUCUCUACUCCGGGCUUAAUCCCUUUGGCAAAUGUGCAAAACAAUACCCAACGGAGAAUGAUAAGGUGGCUAUCAUGGAGUGGAUUUCUCGGCAUGGAAACCCUAGUGUUGCCAUUGGUCUUCAAGCAUGUCAAAUUUCAUGGGAUGAUGGUGAGCACUGUUAUGAUGGCUCUCCCUGGUGGAGAUGUAAGAAAGUUUAGUUCAGGUUCUCGGCAUGGAAGGAGUCUAGUGUUGCCAUUGGUCUUCAAGCAUGUCAAAUUUCAUGGGAUUGGUGAGUGCUGCUAUGAGGCUGGCUCUCCCGGUGGAGAUGUAAGAAAGUUUAGUUCAGGUUUGAAAGAUGAAGAUCAACCAUAGAGGCCAUUAUUUUUAAUUGUAU